AUGCUACCGUCCAACCCUCUGGAGGACUGCGAUGACUGCACUCCCGACUAUCUCAGGUCAUCGAAGGAAUUUGGAACCAAGGCAGCUUUCUCAACCCUCCCCUUCAUCGCGACAUUUGCGGUCCUGACCUUCAUCGCCUACCGCAAAGUCUACCCACUACUAUCAUCCCCUUCGACAGGGCAAGAUGGCCUUAAAGACCUCCCUCGACCGGCGACGUCGCCACUCGAACCUGCCACGCAACAACUUGCGCGCCGCGUCGCUGCGAUCACCUUUGCUUCUACCAUCGCUCUGUCCGCCGUGCUGACAGAAUUACUACUUUGCGAAAUCUCCAAUUCCUUUAAUCCUACUGCCAGGACCGUUGCGCUGCAAACAACGGUGGUGAGCCUGUUGGGUCUACUGGUGGUUGCCAUACCACUGCUAGGGAUAUCUUCUGUUGUCUCAAAAUCGGGAUACAAAUUUCGAGGAGAGAAAAAGCACCGGGUCCGUUUGGCAUGGACUCUGGAAUUUGCUGGCUACGCCGCUUUUCUGUUUGGGUUCUGGGCAAUUGGGGCCCUGCUGCCUACUACGUCGACGAGCAUAACCGAGAGUAUCAGUCGACAUGAGGGUCUUUUCCAAGCAUGCUUGGAUAGGCUAGGCAUCACCGGAGUGUCGUUGAUGGCUUUACUGUCUGGCUUUGCCUCUGUCAGCGCCAUAUGGCAAAGUUUCGGGUCUAGAGUGAGACCUGUUGCGGAGACUGAUAUCACGCGCAAGCAGGCUGGGCUGGACGCCACUCUCGAUAUGCUCGCGGAAAAGAAAGAGAAGUUAAGAAUGCUGGAGCAAAAGGCUACCCAAAGUCCGACUCAAGGAUUCUGGGGUCGAACCAUCGGCUCACUGCGCGGGAACCGAGAAAUGCAGGAAAGAGAAACACUGGAGAUGGAGCAGUCAGGGCUCGAGACGAUGGCCUCGUCACUCGAGAGCUCGGUUGCAAUCAUGCGUGCGCGGCGUGCGAAUCAGUUGAGAGCCACGACGCCGUUGGGACGUCUGUCCCUGGUGUUUUCUUAUGUCUUUUCAUGCUACUGUGUCUACCGCAUCUGCACGACUACGAUCAACAUCAUUCGGCGCAUAUUCUCUUCAGGACCUGCGACGUCCUCCGACACGGACCCGGUCACAUACACGAUUGCUCUGUUUGCGCGGCAUGUUUACCCCUCGCUCGACCAGGCGUCGUGGGCACAGCAGAUUUCUUUUCUGCUAUCUGGGGCGAUGCUAUUGGCGUCAUUUACAGCAGUCACGCAGACGUUCCAUUUGUUUGCACGGUUCAUGCCGGGCGUGCUUCAUGCCACCAAGACCAAUUUCGCGCUGUUGAUCAGCCAGAUCAGCGGGAUGUAUGUUAUUAGCUCUGCGAUCAUGCUCAGGGGCAUGAUGCCGAAAGAGGUGGGCAGCGUGAUCAACAGUGCACUUGGUGCUGGGCUAUUGGAGCCGGCUUGGGUGCAGAGGUGGUUUGAUGGGUUUUUCAUGCUUGCCGUGGUUGCUACCGCGACGGGCAUCUUUCUUGGACGGCAGAUAUCCGGUGUGGCGACUUUUGAGGACGAUACAGGUUGGGACGGCGGUAUGGAGUUGGGCAAACGGUCCUAG